AGGGUACAUCUAUCUACCGUUGUGGGCCCGGGAAGAAAGAACCCAAACGUAGGCCCAGUCUACUCAGCCCUAUUUUAGUGAAGCUCUGUCUCCUGCAACUCCUCAUCUCUCCUUUCCCCCUCUUUCUCCUUCUCUUUCCUCGGAAACAGAAAGCCAACGUUCUUUUGUUUUUUUCGUCUUUUUUUAUAUAUAUAAAAAAAAAAAAAAAAUCUUUUUAUCUUUUGAGAAGUAGAGAUUCUUGAAAUCAGCUAUUAGAAAAAUUUCUACUGCUGAGGUAUGAUCUUUUCUUCUUUGGAUGCCCCCAGAAGACCUUCUGUUGCAUUUUAUAGCCAUUUCAGAGACGAAAUUUUCAUUGAUUGCCAGUACAUAUGACCUGUUGAAAUGAUAAAAAGUUCGAUUAUUUUCGGCUUUGUAGAUUUUCCUGAGAAAGAUUUUGAUGGGUUUUAGUUGUUUCAUUUGAAUUCGGGCGUUGAAGAUGGAAAAUCCAGUUUUUGUGGUUUUUUAGAUGAUUCAUGAGAAGAAAAGAAAACUGGUUUUUGGGAAUGAUAAUGAUGUGGAGAUGGUUGUUUGAAGGAAUUCGGUCCCGUGUUUGAGUUUGGGCUUUGAAAAUAGAAAAUCCAUUUUUGGGUUUUUUAUUUUUUAAUUAUAUGAUUCAUGAGUGCUGAAAAGAACUCGUCAGUAUUUAUGGUUGAUGGCUUUUCGUUGCAUGUUGAAGCGAUGAAAGCAGAAAAGCCAUUGGUUUUUGGUUUCCUUCUUUGACUAUUCAUGAGUCUGGAGAAAGAACACAUUGAUAUAUGCUUGAUGGGUUUUUGUUGUAUCUUUUUUUUCAAGCAAUGAAAGUGGAAAAUUCCGUUUAAUUUUUGGGCUGUUCGCAUCCAUAUAUGUUUGAAUUUGAGCAAUGAAAAUGGAUUUUCCAAUUCUUUUUGGACUGUUUUGUUGAUUCAAGUGGCUUCAGAGAGGAAACCAUGUCAAGGAAUGAGUAGAUUUAGUCAUUUUCUUCAAUCAGUGCUAUGGAGAUCGAAAAAAAUCCAAUCUCCUAGUCUUUGAAAGAAAAAUGAAUAGAUUUAUUCUCUUUUGAAGAAUUUGAGAUAAGAAGAUGGAGUCCCAGAAUUCUGCUUGUAUGAAAUCUAAGCGCUCGUUGAGAAAGAAUGCGGGAUCGUUAAACUACAAUGAGAAUCUGAUGGAUGAGUACAUAGAGAACAAUCUGGGCAGUGUUUCCAAGAAACGUAAUAGAACGAUGGAAGACAUGGAGAAAGAGACCGAAACUGAGGCCAUGAUCGCUCUCUCGUUGGGUUUUCCAAUCGAUGCACUUCUCGAAGAAGAAAUCCAGGCUAGGGUUGUGAGCGAAUUGGGCGGGAUCGAACAGAAUAACUACAUUGUGGUGAGAAAUCAUAUACUGGUGAAAUGGAGGGAUAAUGUUCGGAUGUGGCUUUCAAAGGCACAGAUCAGGGAGACCAUUAGUAAUGAAUAUGGAACUCUCAUCUCUUCGGCUUAUGAUUUUCUCCUGUCGAAUGGGUACAUUAACUUUGGAGUUUCUUCUUCGAUCAAAUCUCAAAUUCCGAGCGAGGCGUCCGAAGGGUCUGUAAUUAUCAUUGGUUCCGGACUCGCUGGAUUGGCAGCGGCAAGGCAGCUUCUAUCUUUUGGUUUUAAGGUGGUUGUUCUUGAAGGUAGAAAUAGGCCUGGAGGGAGAGUGUAUACCCAGAAGAUAGGUCGGAAGGAUAAGUAUGCGGCUGUAGACCUUGGUGGUAGUGUUAUUACGGGUAUUCAUGCGAACCCACUUGGAGUUUUGGCAAGGCAAUUGUCCCUUCCACUUCACAAGGUAAGAGAUAAGUGCCCUUUGUACAAGCCAGAUGGGGCGCCUGUAGACAAAGAAAUGGAUGCCAACGUCGAAUACAUCUUCAACAAGUUGCUCGACAAAGCCACGCAGCUAAGACAGAUUUUGUGCGAAUACGCCAAUGAAAUUUCUCUGGGAUCAGCUUUGGAGACUUUCAGAAAGUUGUAUGGUGUGGCUCGAACUAGUGAAGAACGGCAGCUUCUCGAUUGGCAUCUCGCAAACUUGGAAUAUGCAAAUGCUGGGCGUCUUUCGAACCUUUCACUUGCCUAUUGGGAUCAGGAUGAUCCUUACGAAAUGGGAGGGGACCACUGUUUGCUCGCUGGUGGUAAUUGGAGAUUGAUUGAUGCACUGUGCGAAGGUGUUCCGAUAUUCUACGGAAAAAAAGUAGACACUGUUAGAUAUGGAAAUGAUGGUGUGGAGGUAGUUGUCGGGGAUCAGGUUUUUCAGGCAGACAUGGCUCUUUGCACUGUGCCGCUUGGAGUGCUGAAGAACCGAUCCAUUAAGUUUGAACCCGAAUUACCUGCAAGAAAGCUCAAUGCAAUUGACAGAUUGGGUUUUGGGUUGCUGAAUAAAGUUGCCAUGAUCUUUCCUCACGUCUUUUGGGGGGAAGAUCUCGACACGUUCGGUUCUCUCAACAAGGAUACCCAUAGACGCGGAGAAUUCUUUUUGUUCUACAGCUACCAUACGGUUUCCGGAGGUGCAGUUCUUAUUGCUCUAGUGGCAGGAGAAGCCGCAUCAUCUUUCGAAUCCACAGAUCCGACAGUUUUGCUUCACCGUGUCCUGACCACCCUCAGAGGUAUUUAUGGUCCAAGAGGCAUUGAUGUGCCUAAUCCAAUCCAAACGGUAUGUACAAGGUGGGGUAGUGACUCCCUCUGCCGCGGUUCAUACUCCCAUGUUGGAGUUGGGUCAUCAGGCCGUGAUUACGAUAUUCUUGCGGAAAGCGUUGGGGAGGGCAGGCUAUUUUUUGCUGGAGAAGCCACAAAUAGACAGUAUCCAGCCACCAUGCAUGGUGCUUUCCUAAGCGGAUUGAGAGAGGCUUCACGCAUUCUCCGUGCUGCGAGUAGUAGGAAAAUCAGUCAAGGGAAAAGCUUGCCGAAGUACACUGGACCAUGCGAUGACAUUCUCUUAGAUCUAUUCAGGAAACCCGAUCUAGCAUUUGGGAAGUUUUCUUUUAUAUUCAAUCCUUUGAUUAGAGACCCGAAAUCCGUGGGGCUUUUGCAGGUUGUUUUAGGAAAGUCCUGGACGGAAGCUAGCAGCAAGUGUGGUUUCGGACGAGAAUUAGAAAAAAGCUUCCAACCAUCAUCAAACCUGCAAUUGCAGCUGUACACUAUGUUAUCUCGAGAGCAGGCAUAUGAACUUCAAUUGGUGGAUGGAGGAGAUGAAAGUAAAUUGUUUUAUCUAUACAGAAAUCUUGGGUUGAAGCUAAUGGGACGUAGUGGUUUAGGAGCAUCAGCUAACUCCUUGGUUGCCAGCAUUGCUAGUGCACGAAGAUGCCGUGGCAGGCACCGGUCCGCUGCUGCAGCUCAACAUAAUGCUAUUUAGAGGUGUGGCCGUUCCAAUUCUUUUGUUUUUGAAGUGACCCAUCUCAAUGCUUCAGAAAAAAGAAAGAAAGAAAAAACCAUGAUGCAUGAGCAUGACAUUUUUGGCAGUAGAUCAUGCAAAUGGUAAACAGGAGAGAUGAGGUCCAUUCAUCUUGGAACCAAGGAGGGGUCAAUCUCCUCAAUUCGGACGAUGGUAGCCUGUCCAUUUUUGCCUGCAUGUAGAACAUUUUUUUGUUGAAAAUGACAUUGAUCAUCAUGCUGAUUAGAGCAGAAAUCCAUCGGUCAACAGACACAGUGGUCAUCGUAGCGGAUUCCUAUCUGGCAAUGGUUGUUUGUGUAGGCUAUUUGGGCCCACAUCAUGUGGACCUAACUUGGCUGCUGUAUUAACUAGCCUUGUUAAUGUGGAAUUGUGUACUCCAUCCUUGUAACAGUACUAGUUUAGAAUUUGAUCUCCCUUUCGGGUUUUCCACACAA